AUGGGGAAACCACGAGAACCCGUAGCAAAAAAGACAAGUUUCGGCUGGAUGGCAGUUGGACUGGUCAGUGAGUCUCAUGGUAACAUCCACAACUAUCAUAUUGCUCGGGCUGGGCCAGAAUCACUAGAUGUUGCCUUUAAGCGGUUCUGGGACAGUGAGUCGUUCGGAACCGGGACAACUAAUGCACCACACUACUCCAAGGAUGAACAGCGGGCCUUGGAUAUAUUGGAACGCGAGACCAAGAAGUUGGAGAACGGUUAUGAGGUCCCAUUGUUAUGGAAAGAAAACGAGCCACAGCUUCAAAACAAUCGAGAAGUCGCGCAAAAGAGACUGGAAGGCUUGCAACGGCGAUUUGAGCGAGACCCACAGUAUGAGAAGGACUAUCGUAAAGCAGUAAGCAAGUAUGUAGAAGACGGAUAUGCGCACAAAGUGGACAAAGAAGACAAUCUUGGUGGACCGAACCAGUGGUAUCUCCCCCAUCACGGAGUGUAUAAGAAAUCAUCCGCCGAGAGAAAGCUACGAGUAGUAUUUGAUGCCUCAGCUAAGUACAAAGGUAAAUGUUUGAACGAUGCUCUGCUACCAGGCCCAGUUUUACAGAACGAACUUCCGCAGGUUCUCACAAAGUUUCGAGAAGGUGAUGUUGCGUUCGGAGCUGACAUUGAGGCAAUGUUUAGCCGAGUAAGAUUGCAGAAACAAGACGCAAGAUACCAUCGCUUUCUGUGGAAGGAGGAAAACAGUGAUGUUGUGGACACUUAUCAGAUGGACAGAUUAGCAUUUGGGGACACUUCGUCGCCAUGUGAAGCAAUUUACGUCACUCGCCGAGCUGCUAAAGAUUUUGGCCAGGGACAAGAAGAUGCUGUAAAAGCUAUCAACGAGAACUUGUAUGUGGAUGAUUAUCUUGACUCUGCAGAGACAACGGAACGAGCAAUAGAGAGAGGACAGCAAGUAAAGGAAAUCUUAGCGAAGGGUGAUUUACAUUUAAGGAAAAAGAAACAGGAUGUCGACGCUGUGACCAAUCUUGUCGAACAUGAACCAGAAAAGAAAAUUCUCGGGGUCAAAUGGAACACUGAAACAGACGAACUUACAUUCGCAGUUGCACCUGUUGAAGAUGUAACCUACACACGACGAGGACUCCUCAGUAAGUUAGCCGGUGUAUUUGACCCCCUUGGGUUAGCUUCGCCAUUCAUCAUCAAGGCAAAGAUCCUAACACAACAGUUGUGUCUACUCGGCCUCGAUUGGGAUGACCCCAUUCCUAAUUCCCACCUGACCAAAUGGAAAACUUGGUUGCAAAGACUGCCGGAGCUAGAGCGAGUGAGUGUACCACGAUGCAUACAACCUAAGAAGAAAAACGUGAUUGAAUCAGAGCUUCAUACGUUUUGUGAUGCCUCGGAGGAAGCCUUUGCAACCGUGGUCUACUUGAGAAGCAUUUACGACGAUGACGACAUACGGUGCUCCUUCCUGAUGGCCAAAACAAAAGUAGCUCCAAAGAAAGCUUUGAGUGUAGCAAGACUUGAAUUGCAAGCUGCUCUUCUAGGUGCCCGCCUGGCAAAUUAUGUUAAAGAAGCUAUGACACGACACAUCGAUCGCGUCUUCUUUUGGACGGACAGUAAAUGUGCUAUCGGUUGGAUACGGUCUACCGCAGUCUGGUACAAACCAUUCAUUGCGCACCGAGUUGGUGAGAUCCAAACCCUGACAGACCCGAAGUCUUGGCGCCACGUACCUGGCAAACUGAAUGUGAGCGAUUGUGCUACCCGUUCGAGAUUCGAUGAGCGAUCGGAAUUGAUCCCUGUUCGUUGGUUCACAGCUCCAGAUUUCCUUUAUCAAGGUGAAGAUAAUUGGCCAAAGGAAAUUCCUGUUGAGGAACUACAGCAACACGAAGAAAUCAAACCAAGCAAAGUAUUCGUUGCCAAAUCCAAUCCUGAGCGUGUUCCCGUCUAUGCUGACGUCGAUUUAGAACGACUUUCUUCUUUGUGGAAAGCACAGCGAGUGGCAGCACAAGUUCAUCGCUUUUUCAAUAUAUGUAAAGGAAAGAAACAGCAGAGUGGUGUCCUAACUGUAGAGGAAUUACGAGUCGGACUGACCGCCCUAGUACGGCAAUGUCAACGAGAAGCAUUCCCCGACGAGCUCCAAUCCUUGAAAAGAACCAAAAGUGUCAGCAAACGAUCGAAGUUGUUAUCAUUUACUCCCUACCUUGACGAAAGUAACGUAAUCCGCGUUGGAGGAAGACUUGACCGUGCUCGAUUACCCUACGAAAUACGACACCCGAUCCUCUUGCCUCAGAAACACCGUUUGACCGAACUGAUUGUCCAGAGCUAUCAUCGUUCAGAAAACCACGGAGGAACUGAUCACGUUUUGGCUGCAGUUCGUCAAAAGUUCUGGAUAAUUCGUGGACGACAGGAAGUCAAGAGUUUCAAAAGAAAGUGCACCGAGUGUAAGAAAGAACGAGCGAAGCCUGGCAGUCAGCUUCUAAGUGAACUUCCUAUUGAAAGAAUAACUGCCAUGCAACCAGCAUUUUACCAUACUUCUGUGGACUAUUUCGGGCCAAUCGAAGUUAAGUUGACUCGCAACACGACGGCGAAAAGAUACGGCGCCCUGUUUACAUGCAUGACGACCCGAUGUGUUCAUUUGGAAGUCGCAGAAUCGUUGUCCACCCCUGAUUUUCUGCAAGUCCUUCAUAAUAUGAUUGCGAGACGCGGAGAGCCAAGAACCAUCUACAGUGACAAUGGCACAAACUUCGUCGGCGCAGUAUCUGAAUUGAAAUCGCUGGUCAGAGAAUUGAAUCAUAGUGAAGAACUCCAAAACCGCCUAGCUAGAAUUGGAGAAGGGAUCACCUGGAAGUUUCAGCCACCCGCAAGUCCUCACUGGGGAGGAGUACACGAGAGUUUAGUUAAGUCAGUCAAGACAGCACUUAACCGUACCCUGAAUCCAAAAGGAGGACCGAAGAUAAGUAACCCUACAGAUUUGCAGUUGUCUGCCCUAUUUGCGGAAGUCGAGCGAUUCGUCAAUUCACGACCGAUAACCUACGUCAGCAACGACCCUGAAGACAUAGAGGCUUUGACACCUUACCACUUUUGGUUACACCGACGCUCGCCAGUUGUCCCACUCGGAGAGUAUAGCCGACCAAACUUGCAAGAUCGUUUCAAACGGACUCAGCACUUAGCAAAUCUCGUGUGGCAGCAGUGGGUGAAGCUCUACCUACCUAACCUCAUCUCUCGGAAGAAGUGGCGUAAAGAGGAAAGGAACAUUUCAGUUAAUGACGUUGUUCUUAUAGCCGAUCCGGGUGUUUUACGUGGUGAGUGGAAGUUAGGACGAGUCGUUGAAACAUGCCCUGGAAAAGACGGACGAGUUCGAGCUGCUAAAGUGAAGACCAACAAUGGCGUUUACACUAGACCUGUUACAAAAUUAUGUCUUCUCGAACAGGACUGCGGGUACGAUCGUCGCCCCGAAGAAAUCGAGACGAACGAUGGGGAGGAGUGAUGGACAGGCGUUCGGAAACUCUAUAUGAAGUACGUGCUUACCAUAUCGCAGGCUCUAGAAAAACAACGUGGGUUGUAACGUUUUGCUUUGAAAAUUGAGUUGUGGUAAAAGAAUUUGGACAAUUUGAACGUUUUCUGAUGGACAUCCUUUGUUAUUAGACUGUUUUCGGUAUCGUUCUGUUAUUUGGCUUGAACUGAAGAAGAUUUGACUGUGUUUGAACGCGUGAAAAUAAAACCGUUCGUUAUUCUGUGUGUACUUCAUGUAACAUUGCACAUAAUUGCAAAAUAUCGAAGGCGCUUGGGUUGGUCGUCAACUAAACAUUGAAACGAGGCCUA